AUGCCUUCCAUCCAAAACCUCAUUUCCCGCAACACCCCUGUUGUCCGCCGCGACGACACCGAUGGCGGCGACAUGCUCAACCUCAUGAUCGUCGUCCUCGCCCUCAUCUUCUUCGCUCUUCUCCUUGUCUCCACACUCUUCCUCAUGCGCCGCAUGCGCAGACAACAACGGGUGCAAGACGACCUGCUCCCUCCUUACCAGGAGAUUAAGAGUGCCCGAAACCAUCACAACCUCACCAUCCAGACAAGUACAGACGGUCGCUCAAGUGUCCUCUACAUCGGCCAGGACGGCCGCUCGCCGAUGCUUCAGAACCCCCAGUCCGCCCCCCAUUCCCCCGACAACGUUCCCGAGAUCCACAUCACCUUCCCCGACGAGCAGGAUGAGGGUGGCCGCCGUAAGAGCGGUCGCGUGCUGGUCGUCCGCGUCGGUGACGGCGGCUCCGUUGGCCUCGAGCCUGUUCGCGAGGAGCAGCUGCCAGCGUACGAGAAGGACAGCAAGUCGCAGUUCUACUCGGUCGAUAUGGAUUCGAUCGGUGGCCUGCGUGAGAAGGAGCGUUUCAACUAA